CUUCCUCUCCCAAAGCUUCCACGCUCCGGCCCUCAAAAGGUUGGACCUGAGCGGCCACGACUUCUCCCAAGGCCUCCUGGAGCCGCUGCGGCUGCUCCUGGAGGAAACCUCGGCCUCGCUGCUGCACCUGGAUCUCAUGGAAUGCCGCAUGGCCGACUCCCACCUGGACGCGCUGCUGCCCACGCUGCGCCGCUGCUCCCGCCUGCGCUUCCUGGGACUCUACGGCAAUUCCCUGUCCACGGCCGCGCUCAAGGAUCUGCUCCAGAAAACCUUGGAGCUGCCCGACCUCCACCUGGUCGUGUAUCCCUUCCCCGUGGAUUGCUACAAGCCGGAGCCGCCGUCGGAAUCCGGCUGGGAUUUGGAGGAACCCGUGGAUGAGGAACUUUUGGCGGCGGUCAACGUUGAGUUUUCCCGAAUGUUGGCGAAUUCCGGGAGGACCGACCUCGUCUGGACUUCCAACCCCUACGGCCAGGGAACUCUGGACUUCUUCUCCUUGUGAUUUGGGAAAAAUCCUGGAUUUUUACUUGAGAUUUGGGAAAAAUCCUG